AUGGGAACUACCAAGGACGUCACCUCGGCCGCGAGUGGGUCCACCUUCCAGGCGCUGGCAUCCCCGGCUUUGAAUGAACUUCCCAUGCAGUGGAGCCAGCGCCCGCACCCGAUCGUGAAUGCCAAUUGGUUUAGCCGCGCACUGCUCUUGUGGUUCGACCCCCUUGUGCUCAAAGGGGCCAAGGACGCACUCACGGAAGACGAUGUGUGGCACCUGGCGCCUCCAGAUACUGCUGCCGUUCUCCAAGCGCGGUUCCAAGGGGCGUGGACAACUGCCAAACAAACGACAUCGUCGCCGUCGUUUUUCCGCGCGUUGCUGCGAACGUUCCGCCGCGACAUUGGCGUCGUAUUGGCGCUGUACACGGCCAGCAGCGUGCUCAUUCUACUGCAACCCGUCGUGAUCAAGUCGUUGCUCCAGUUUCUCACGACCGAGUCGGCGACAGCGGUGACUGACCUCGGGAUAUCCAGCGGAUACGUCCUGGCUGCGCUCUUGACGCUGCUAUCGUUUGGGUCAGUGACCAUCAUGGAUCUCGGCAUGGUCUUCGCGGGGAGGCUGGGCUGCAACGCCAAGGCCAUCGUGAUGGACUUGGUCUUCCUCCACUCACUCUCGGGACACCAGUCAUGUACUUCGUCUGGGGACUUGGUCACGCUGGCGUCGGUGGAUUCCACGCGGCUGUUCAUGUGUGGGCUCUGGUUCAUGUGGACGUUUCUGUCGCCAGUGAUGGUGCUGGUCAUCUUUGUCAUGAUUGGGUUCGACUUGGGGGCGUGGCCAGCUAUUGCAGGGGCAGCGGUCAUGGUCGCGCUCAUGGCGUUUGGCGUGCUGGAAGGCCGGGCGGUGGGGGCCAUUCAAAAGGACAUCCUGGUCGUGCAAGGCGAGCGCGUCAAGUUCACGAACGAGCUGCUGCAGGGCGUACGCGCCGUGAAAAUGUACGGCUGGGAGGCAUCGUUGCAGGCGCAUGUUGAAGCUAUGCGGGGUCAAGAGCUAUCGUUGCUCAAGGCGUACCAUUACCGCCGCCAAGUAUCGUCCAUUGCGCUUCUAGUGGCGCCAGUGCUGUCGCUCGCGCUGUGUCUUGUUGUGUACGUCGCCCAGGGUUCUCGACUCACCCCUCCGCUUGCGUUCAUCACGCUGGCAUAUGUGAAUGCCGCCCGAACGCCAUGCAGUUCAUUUUCGUUUUCCAUCAUGAACUUGUUUGACGCGCUUCAUUCAAGUCACCGCAUCGAUGCCUUCUUGGCUUCGUCCUCGACCACCACCAUUUCAACCGACACGCCUGCAUCGUCAGCUCCCUCACCCUGUCCUGCCCCAAAUAAUAUGUCGUCAAAACCCCCCUCCACCCCCCCCCUCAUCCACAUGCAGUCGGCGUCGUUUCAAUGGAAAAAACCAUCGGCCGAAGCUGUGGACAACUCCCCCGAGCAUGCGUUGAAGCACAUCAACAUCGUAGUAGACUCGAUGCCAUCCUUGACGAUCGUGGUGGGGUAUGUUGGCAGCGGCAAGUCGUCGCUGCUCAGUGCCAUGUUGGGCGAUCUCCAUCUCGCGUCGGGGGGCUGCCACGUCACGGCCCGUAGCGUGGGCUACUGCAGCCAAGACCCAUGGCUUCAAAACUCCACCAUUCGCGACAACAUUGUGUUUACCGACCAAGUCGACAACACCCCCCGGUACAACCGCGUGAUGUCGGCGUGCCACCUCGAGGCUGAUCUAACGUCGUUGGCAGGGGGCGAUUCGACCGAAAUCGGCGCGCGGGGGGUCACGCUGAGCGGCGGCCAGAAGGCCCGCGUGGGGCUGGCGCGAGCCGCCUACAAAGACGCGGACUUGUACCUGCUGGACGACCCCCUCAGCGCUCUCGACGCCGCCGUCGCCACCACCGUCUUCCACGAGUGCAUCCGGAACCUCCUUAGCCGAACCCGCCCCGUCGUCCUCGUAGUCAAUAGCCACUACCACCUCCUUCCCUUUGCCGACCGCGUGCUAGUCAUGGACAACGGCGCGAUCGUUGGAGAUGGAUCGCUCGAGUCGCUGGCAUCGACGGCUUUUCCCCACCUCUUCUCCAGUCCAUUGUCGAGCGCCGCUUCCGUGUCGACCGAUUCGAUGACACCGUCCAGUGCUACAGCAGAAUCCACAGCAACAAUAGCAGUAGCAUCAACGUCGUUGGUCGUGGCCGAAGAGCGCAAGGUCGGCCACGUCACCAGUCAAACGUACUUGACGUACUUUCAAGCGUCGGGGUGGAAUGGCUUGGGGGUGGCGAUGAGUGUGCUCGUCGUUUUUGUCCUCGCCCAAGCAUGCUUGGUACUCAUGGACUGGUUUGUGGGCUUCUGGGCAUCAUCUUCGCCUUUUUUGACCACGGUUCCUUCCAACAAUAAUACCACGUACGCUGGUAUCUACGUUGCCCUAUCGGUGCUCGCGCUAGGCCUUGUGCUCGGGCGCAGUCUGUACGUGCUGCACUUUAUCCUGCUCUGCUCCAAGCACCUCCACGCAGCGAUCCUCCACAACGUCCUGCACGCCCCCGUCCCUUCGUUCUUUGACGUCACCCCCGUCGGCCGCAUCCUCAACCGGUUCUCGGCGGAUCUCUCCACCGUCGACAACAUGGUGCCGAUGCUCGGGCUUCACAUCUUAGGGCUGGUGUUUCAAAUCGUUGCGUCGCUCGUCGUGUGUGCUGCCACGUCACCGUACAUUUUGCUGCUGUACAUACCCCUCGGGUAUGUGUUUAGCAAACUCCGGUUCAUCUACAGCCUCACGUCAACCCAGCUCAAGCGUCUGGACGCAACGUCGCGGUCCCCGGUGCUCAAUCUACUCACCGAGACCUCGGGCAACGGUGGCGGCACCACCAUCCGGGCGUUCCAUGCCGAGGAUGCUUUCCAGUCCAAGGCACGCGCGGCCAUCGACUGCAACCAGCGGUUCGAUCUCACGCAUUUCAUUUCGACCAAGUGGUUCCAGAUGCGCCUCGACUGGGUGUCUGUGGGGGUCGUGGGGGGCGUGGCGUUCCUGGCAGUCGCGACCAAACACUCGAUGGGCGGCGUCACCGCCGCGGGCUUGGCGCUAACGUAUGCUAUUCAACUCACGAUUGUCUUGUCCCGCACUACGAUGGAGUACACGUACAUGGAGAACGUCAUGACGAGUGCGGAACGAUUAGAACAUUACAACGACUUGGAGAAAGAAGGAGUCAUCACCCAGUCGUUACCUUCUUCAACCAUUCAGCCGUGUCCAGGGCAUGAAACUGCCCUGGCUGACUGGCCAUCGCAGGGCGCGGUGACGUUUGCAAACUACUCGAUGCGGUACCGCGCCGGGUUGGAGCUGUCGUUGCAACACGUGAGCUUGAGCGUCCGGGGGGGGGAGAAGGUUGGCAUCUGCGGGCGGACGGGGGGCGGCAAGUCGUCGCUCCUGGCGGCGCUCUUCCGGACGGUGGAAGCAGCUAGUGGACGCAUCAUGAUUGACGGCGUGGACAUUGCGACUGUCGACUUGGCGACCCUUCGGUCGAGACUGACCAUUAUUCCGCAGGACCCGGUGGUGUUCAGCGGGUCGGUGCGGUUCAACUUGGACCCAACUCUGACGACAGACGACGCCGAGUUGUGGCAUGUGCUGCGCCAAGUGCACUUGGCCGACGUGGUCGGGCUCGACUAUGACGUGGCAGAACACGGAGCCAACUUGUCUGGUGGCCAGAGGCAGUUGCUGUGCAUUGCACGCGCGUUGCUCCGCAAGUCCAAGGUGGUCGUGCUGGACGAAGCCACGGCCAACAUCGACGGCGACACGGACCGGCUCAUCCAGGACACGCUGCGGGCCAACUUUCACCACGACAACGUCACCAAGCUCGUGAUCGCCCACCGCGUCCACACGAUUCUCGACAGCGACCGCAUUUUGGUGCUCCAGGACGGGUCCGUCGUCGAGUUUGACACGCCCGUCGCCCUCCUCGCGAUCGAAAACGGCGUGUUCAAAGCAUUGGCAGCACACGCUGGGGCGACUUUGCCGUAGUCAUAUACUUUAGGAUGGAUUUUUAUUCAUGAAUCAACGUGAUUAUAGUGCA